AUAUAUAUGCGACAUCUCGCGGUCGUCGGCGGCGUCGCGCUCGUCUCUGGCGUCGUCGUCGCGUCGGCCAUCUACCGCCGCCGCGCCGCGUUGCGCUCUCGCCUCUCUCGCUGGACCGAGGCGCUCGAGCUGGUCAAGGCGUUUGGCGAUUCCUCUGGCCUCGAGGCGGAGCUCAGCCCGGGUCGCUCGCCGCUGCGCAACUUUGCGCUCACUUCUGCAGUACAGGCCCUCACCGACCGCCGCGCCGCCGCCGCCGCACAGUUGGGCAGCGCGCACGCCGCCGCCCUCUCGCCUGCGUCGCUCCGCGAGGCGUCGAGGUACAUGCGGUUCGCCUCCGCCGCGUACGGCGCCGCGCUGAUGGCGCUGUUUGGGCUGCUUCCUCCACCGACCCGCGAGCAGCUGGAGCUGAGUGUCGAGGCGGCCGACCGCGCCGGCAUCUGCACGCACACCGGCAUUCGCACUGAGGACCUGCUCCGCCUCGACACCGCCUCGCUGGACGUGGCGGGCUCCUCCGACUGUCUGCGCCACUUUCUGGCGGUGGACAGCGCCGGCGGAGGCGCCGUCGUGCUCGCGCUACGAGGGACCGCCUCGCUCUCCGACGUUGUGCACGACGCGGUCGCGUACUCCGAGCCGUUUUGCGGCGGCUAGGCACACGCAGGCAUGGCGCGCAUGGCGCGGGCGGUGUGGGCGGCGGCGGGCGGCGACGUGCGGAGAGCGCUGGGCGCGCGGCCCGGUGC